GACAAAUUCCCUGACAUCUUUGGGGGAUCAGAACUCCUGAAAACCUACCCAUAUCUCCUGCCAUGCUCUAUCUCAGCAUUGUCUAUAUCGAUAAUUUGGCUAGUCAUGUAUAUCUGUCUUAAAGAGCCAUCGAGCAACGUUAUAGUUGGUUUUGGGGAAGGGUGUCCUGGAGAAGUUCAACUAAAGCCACUUCCGCUGCGCGCCUUGCUAACCUCGAAAGGAUUCAAUUCGGUCUUACCUGUUUUCUAUGCGAUACCUAUUGAACUUGGUGGUCUUUCCCUUGACCCUCCUCACAUCGGUGUUUUACUUGCGGCAUCAGGUGUCAUACAUGGAACAUUUCAGCUGCUUUCCUACGUACUGCUCUAUCGCUUCCUCGUGAUCCUGGUGUAUGGGAAGAUUCCCAAUAAUAUUAUCAUGAAUGACCAUGUACACUAUGAUCCAGUGUAG